GUCACCCAAAACGGAAUACAUGCUGUUUGUUAGCGUACUUUUUAUAUCAAAACAUGAUCAUCCUUUCAUACAAACUCAAAAUGAAGUGCCUGCAUAUGGUUAGUGUGAAUUGAUGAAGGGCAAUUUGUUAGAUCUGGGGUUAGUUCUUUCAUGCAAAAGAUCUUCUACUAAGAAGCAGACAAACGUAGAUCUUGACGAUCAAAAACCCUAUUUGGAUCUAACCAUCUCGUAAACAUAAAAUCGCCGAAUGCAUGCAGAUCUGAUCGUAGACAGAUAUUGUAGGAUGCACUGAAGGGAUAGGAUACAAUACCAGUAUUCUUUGAAAUGACAUUCAACUUCCCAAACCAAUUCGGGAAAAACAUAUAAAAAACCCGAUCUUUCCCCCAAAAAGUACAUUCUUUCUCCCUUCAAAACCCCUACUUCCCAUCAUCAACCCCAUUCCCUUUUUCACCACACAAUAUGCAAGCAUUUUUGAAAGUUUUGGUCUGUGCUGCUCUGAGCGGUGCUCUCGUCUUCCCUCAAGAAGGUGCUGCUUUACCAUAUGGAUUACAAGCACGUCAAAUCAGCGGAAGUGCAAGUGGUUCAUUGGAUGGUAGCUUGAGUGCUGGCUUGCCAGACUUGUCUGACAGCUUGCCAGAUUUGAGCUUGCCAACAGACGCCGUACCCACGGAUGUAGCCACACCUACAAUUCCAUCCUUGCCAACCGAUGUCCCAUCACCAACCAUUCCCUCUUUGACAACAAGUCUGCCUGAUUUAAGUGGUACUGAUGCUCCUCAAGCAAGUGCCGUUUUCAGUUCUUUAUCUUCCGCAUUGAACGCUUUGCCAACUGGAGAUGCAACCGCUCAAACACAAGCCUUUGAAACAUUUUUGAAAAACACAUUGAACUCGUUUGAAGAUGUUAUUGGAGGUAACUUUGACAAUAUCCCAAGCAACCUUGGUGAUUCGGGUGAUUUGAACACACCUGACUUACCAGAACCUUUGUCAACAUUGUACGACGUCUUCAACAAUGGUCUACAAUCGCUUUUCAGCGCUCUCAAUUUGAACGUUCCUUCUCCUGCUUUGGGUGUUGUUUCAACUGACGGUAGCGAUGAUGAUACUCCUGCUACAAACGCAGACAAUAGUGCAUCUGCCGAUCUUACAUCUGCCCAAGCAGGAAGUGCAUCUGCCGGUCUUAACACCGCCAACGCAAGAGAUGUUUCAGCCGAUGAUCAAUUUGCCACGGCCGGAACAGCAGCAGCAGGACCAAUCAAUGCAAUCGCUCGUCGUGAUGGAUACCAGUUCAACUUUGAUUUGAACAACUUACUCAAUGAGUUAGCUUCUUCAUUCAACAAAUUGAUCGAUUCUUAUGGUGUUGAUGGAUAUGAAACCGUCAUUCCAACAAACGUUACCGAUGCUAUCCCAUCCACAAACUAAAAUGCCUGCCUCUCUCUUUUUUGACUUCUUUUUCUUUGUUGUUUUCAUACCCUCUUUUUACUCCCCAUCAUCAAAUGUCAGCCGCGAUUCGCGCGAUAGAUGGUGGAAUGAUAAUUGCAUAAAAGUUUAUCCAAGAUGUCGAAUAUCUUGUUUUGUUGUGGCUUACUGCAAUGAUGACGAAGUAACGGUGACCGGUGAGAAGAAGGAGG